CAAAAUAAUAAAAGUAAAAUGUCUUCCGUGACCUCAAUUUAUAAUGUAGCUUCGCUUCUACGACGUUGCAACACGAUCCAAAAUGGCGUAUCUGCCUUCCAACUAUCCCUCUUGUGAUUGGUUCUCCGAGAUCCUUGGAGAGCUUUCAUUGGUUGCUUUCAGCUUUAUUUUGACACUUUACUUCCGGAUAGUGUGCUCACGAGCUGUUGCCGCGCGUGAUAAGAGAGUUGUCAACAACUACUACAAGGUCGUAAUGGCUGAGAGCGACGAUGUUUCACUUGUCGUUAGCAGCCAGCCUCCUGAGAAAGAGGAGCAGGGAGGAGGAGAAGGUGGAGAAGGUGGAGGAGGUGGAGAAGGUGGAGAAGGUGGAGAAGGUGGAGGAGGUGGAGAAGGUGGAGAAGGUGGAGAAGAUGGAGGAGGCUCAGAGAGGGAUGAUGAAGGAGGGUUGACUGAUGCCCAGAGAGAGGUGUUGGACAGAUGUCUCCAGGCCCUCAAACAGGCUCAAAACGACAGUCACACUUUGGCUGCUCUGCUGCUGAUAACCCGCUUGUGCCCAGCAAGCCAGCUAGACAAAGCCACCUUGAGGCGCAUCUUCGAGGCUGUUGGCCUGAACCUUCCUGCUCGUCUUUUGGUGACGGCCAUCAGAGGGAAUGAGACCUCCGGCCUGCCCCCACAGGAGCUCCUCUCGCUGGGUACGGCUCUGUUGGCUGCUCUGAGCACAGACCCAGACAUGGCCUGCCACCCCCAGCUCCUCACCACCAUCCCGGUCCUGCUGGGCCUUUUAUCAAAUGAUCCUCUGAACCAGCAGAAACAGGAAGCCCAGGAUCCAACGCAAGACUUAGAGACGGGUCCAGAUUCUAAAGUGCAAUCAGCAGAGAGUUCAAACGCUGAAGGUGAUCUUUCCAAUGAGGCCAAAUCAGGAGGAGAGGGGAAGACUACCAAGCCAAAAAGUGACGACAGCAGUCUAGCAAACAAAGUAUCAACAUUUCAAGAAGCCUUACCUUCCUCAAAGCUGGACGAGGCCAUAGCUGCUGACUGCUACCAGAUCCUCACAGCUGUGUGUGCUUUACCCAGAGGUCCCGACCAGCUGCUGAGCAGGGGGGGUGUUCCCGCUCUGUGCCAAGCAGUGCAACAAAACCAGACUUUCAGCCAUGAGAAGGGGCUUCCCUUGCUGGGAUGCCUUGUAGCAGGUAGAACCAAGGACAGAGUGUGGAGUAAGCACUCUGCAGAACUCCUCACUCUGCUGGUCAAGUUGUCUAAAGACUUCUGCCAAGCCAAAGACCAGACCAAGAUGGACAUGUGCGCCCAGUUGGUUCAGUUUCUCCCCCCAGCAGGAGUGGCAGUAGAGAGCAAGGAGCUGAAAGAAGUUGUGGCCUCUGUAUGGGAGGUGUUGAGACCCAUGUUGCAGGCUAAACUGACCCCAAGUCAGAUCGGGCCAAUCCUUGUCCUCAGCGCUUGUCUGCUGGAUUUGUACGGGUGGGAGUUUGUCGGGACGCCAAAGUUCUGCUGCCUACUGGUGAACCGAGCCUGUGUGGAGGUCAGGAUGGGCUUAGAGGAACCGCCCGGGAACGAACUGAGCUCGGAGCUGCAGCACACUCUCACAGGCUGUUACAGAAUCAUGGAGGCUGCCAUAGAGCAGGCCUGCUGUGUGGGGAUGUCCCAGACCGCUCCUCCUCAGAGCUCCAUCCCCUCCAUCAGUCUGCAGCAGAGCAGGCAGGUCCUCGGGGUGCUGGAGGAGGCCUUUGCCGCCCUCAUGUACCACCUGCAGCAGGUGGAUCAAAGUCGCUAUGGAGACCCCUUUAUUUUCGCCACAUUCCGCUCUCUGUGCUCAUGGCUGGCUGAGGAGACUUCCUGUCUGAAGGAGGAAGUGACCGGACUGCUACCGUUCCUGAUCGCCUACUCCCGGAGCCACCUGCAGGGUGAGAGCCCGGAGCACGGCCUCUCUGAUUGGAUGUCCGAAAUGUCCGUCAGAGAGGAGACAGGGGCGUGGACGGGCAAAGAAGCUCUGAGGUAUCUCCUUCCAGCUCUGUGCCACCUGUCGGCAGAGGAAGAGCCCAGGAAGGUGCUGCUCACCCUCGACACCCCUGCACUGCUGGUGGACUUCCUGUCUCAGUGCUGGACCUCCCUCAAGGGGAAAGGUGGGGUGUCCUCGGCCAGGGAUCCCAGCAUGGAGACAGCCUGCUCAGCCCUCCUCAACUUCACCGUCACAGAGCCGGAGAGAGUCAGGAAGGACCCAUGUUUCAGAACGCUGGAGGCCCUUCUGAGUGAAGCACUUCCUGUUUUGGUUCACAAACCCCGCCUCCUGGUCCUGGCAGCAAAUUACUGCACGCUGGGACUGAUGAUUGGCAGACUCAAAUCAGCUCCUACAGGCUCAGUGGAAGCCGGACAGAGGCGGUUCUUCUCCUCCGCCCUCCGGUUCCUCCGCGGCGCCCUGGACUCCGGCUCCAGCCCCGGCCCGGUCAGGGUGAGCCUCGGCUGGGCGGAGAGCUGGGAGGAGGCGGCGGAGCUGUGGAGGCUGAGUCUGCAGGCUCUGGGGGGCUGCGUGCGCGCUCAGCCCUGGAUCGGCAGCCUGGUCCGAGAGGAAGGUUGGCUCAAACACACACUGGCCAUGCUGAGUCAGUGUAGUGCACUGCCUGAGCAGCACACACAGGGGGCGCUGGAGGAGGCUCUGUGCGCCAUGGCAGACCAGUGCCCUGUGUGUAAGGUGGAGAUUGGAGACGCCAUGAGAAAUGAUAAAGGAGCUUUGAUCUCUCUGAGGAAACUGAAAAAGUCAGUGGGAGUAAAGUAAAAACCAAUCAGACAUCUUCUACGGGUUACAUUUUUCAAAAUAAAGUAACAAAGAAGGGCUGUAGCCAACAUGCGUGUUUAUCUGACUGAAUCAUGUGUGAACUGUUAACCCUGACUGAUUAUAAGGAGAAGAUGGCGCUGCCGUUUUUUGCAAAUGAAUUUUUGUGGAAAAGAGGGCACUCAAAAUUAUGAACAUAUUUUUUUGUAAAGAAACUCCAAAGUUUGUAGAAAGCUGUGCUCUGGAAAGAAACACUUUUUUACAUGUCAAUUGUGAAAUGUUAAUGUCUUAAAUAAAAGCUAUUUUGUUAGAAAACCUA